AUGCCUUCACAGACACGAGAACAAGACCAAGACAUGGCAGACGCCUCUCCGACCGAUCACACCCAACAAGAUGGCCCCGAGCCGGUAGAAGCACCCUCGCCCGCAGGAUCACCGGGAUCAGAAGCAUACGAGACCGAGAAACCGCGCAUACGAGUCCUACCAGGUGCGGAAGAUACGGCAGCUUCAUUCGAGUUUGAGAAGGAGGACCAUACAUUGGGCAACGCGCUACGGUACAUCAUCAUGAAGAACCCCUCCGUCGAAUUCUGCGGCUACUCCAUCCCUCACCCCUCCGAAGAACGCAUGAAUCUGCGCAUACAAACAUACGACAACGUCAGCGUAUAUGACGUGCUAGAGAAAGGUCUGGACGACCUCAUGGACCUCUGCGACGUGGUCAUGGAGAAGUUCACAGUUGCGCGUGACGAUUUCAACGCCGCAAAAGCAGGGACGAGCUAG